CUCUUUCAAUGCAUGCUCACUGAAUACACUAUAAAAGCUCUAAUAGACGGCGGCACUUUUGUCUUUUUUAAGGCAGUUCGUGACAUCAGGCAUUCAACAAUCAUCCUCAACAGGUUGAGACUUGAAUGCUCCAGCAGAGGAAGUGUUCGCCUUCAAGUCUGAGCAGCUUUAAAAUGCUCUGCUUUGGGAGAACAGACAUUCACAGGUGUGCCAUCUACACGCAUUACGAGUCAUCUCGGACUGGGAAUCUGCACAAUGGAAAUUGAGGAUAUCUCAAAUGACUCGGACAUCAAGUGUCAGGAGAAUAUCGACCACAACCGAGCGCUGUACAUUUUCUUCUCAUCGGUGGUGGUGGUGGAGUUUAUCUUGGGUCUCCUGCUGAACAUUACAGUCAUCCAUCUCUUCGUCUUCAAGAUCAAGUUCUGGAAAUCGAAAACCAUCGACAUUUUUUUGUUCAAUCUAGUCUUGGCGGAUAUUUUGCUGCUGAUUGGAUUGCCUGUAAAAGCAUACAACUUUCAGCAGUGCAGUGAAAACAAGUUUGUCUGCAAAGUGCAGCUCUUUCUGCAGUUUCUCAACCGAGGAGCAAGCAUCGCCUUCCUCACCGUCAUCUCCAUUUAUCGAUAUUUCAGCGUAGUCCAUCCAGGCAGGAGAAAAGUCAUACGGAUUUUAAAACAUUCGCCUCAGAUUUCUAUAUUUAUCUGGGUAUUGUUGGCAGUUUUGACCAUCCCGGCUAUGAUGCAGAGCUUUAUCAGAUGCAACACCAAAGAAAGUGAUGAUGAAGAUCUCAGCCCUGUUGUUAUACUGAGAGAGAUUGUUUUUUUUACGCAGAUCUACAUCCCGUUCCUUGUUCUUGUGUACUGCUCCAUUCGGAUUGUCCAAAGACUCAGAAGUCAGAAGUCGAUAGGAGACAAGACUAAGCUGCGGAAAGCCAUGUUCCUGGUGGCUACGGUGGUUCUGGUCUUCGCGAUCUGCUUUUUGCCGUAUGCCAUUACAAGAGCGGUGCAGUUAAGAAUGGGGCUUGUGAUGAAAGAGGAAAAAGUUGCCGUCGUUAAACUGUAUGAUGCGUUCAUUUGUCUUUCUUAUCUAAACUGCUUGCUGGAUCCGAUUCUGUACUGCCUGAGCAGCGGUAAAUUUAAGAAGUUGUACAUAUCAAUCUAUCUGCCCUUCCUGAUGGAGAAGGAACAACAGGAAGAAUUAGAUGACACCGCAGAUGAUUGAUCUACGUAAUAAAGAUGCUGCUGAAUAUCAGACGUCCUGUUUUGAUGUCUGCAUCGAAAAAAUUCACAAGUGAUUUGAUGUCAGCAGACAUCAUAUAAGAUAAAGUAUUUAAUGUUUGUGUAAAUAAAAUGUCAAAUAGUAAUGUAAUGUUUAGCUGUCAUUCAGUGUAGCAUAUUAAUGUGAAAAGAAAACGGCAUACAUCUUAAAUUAUCAACGGUUUGAAGUAGGGCUGCACAAUAUAUCGUUUGAGCUUCGAUAUCGCACAGUGAUCAUUCGCAAUAGUCACAUUGCGAGUAUAUGCAAUUUUAAGUUUGGAUUAAAUUGAUCAUUUCGCAAGUGCUUUUUGAGGUCUGUGACUGUGUGAGGGGUUUAAAAGCAUUCAGGCUUAAGAAAUUUUACCGUUUUUAACUAUCAAAUUAACAACGAUUGAUUUUAUUGAAUUGUUUAUAAAACAAAGACUUUGCAGUAUUACUUUACAUUUGUUUGUUCAAUUACUGUAUAUCUGAAUACAUUUCGACUCCUCGGAAAACAAUAACAUGCUGUUUAUUUAAGUUGUAUCUUUUUCUUUAUUGAACAUAUCAAUGCUUUUAGAUUAUAUUUUUUGCAUAAGCACUCUCCUACAGAAUAAGCCCAAUCAAUUUAAAAUGAUAAACUCUUUCUAAGUUAUUGAACUCAAAAUAUGGUAAUGUUAGAUUUUUCCAAAAUUGUGCAGCCCUAGUUUGAAGUAUAGUGGCAAAGUAUAAACAUUUAAAAUGUCAAUUAAUUAAUAUUAGGGGGUUAGACUGAGAUCAUAAAAUAGAGAAAUGUAAAAUGUUGUAAAAUAUUUAUUUUUUAUAUAUGCCUGACCAGAUUUAUUAGGUAUUUAAACUAUUAUUACACUGAAUGACAUCUUAGUGAGUGUCUUCUGUAAAUCAUGGUAACUGUACAGUAUUCUGUAUUCAAACUGAUAGUCGAUAUUUUUGCUGAGAAAAAUAUAAACAGGAUAUAUUAUAAUGUAUGAGAAAACAGAUUUAAAAAAAAGUUUGAUGCUAUUUGUCUUUGAGCCAAUUUCUAUUAUGUUUAAUUUUCAAUAGAAAAAAUGCGUAGCUAUCAACUUUCUACAUUUACAUCUACAGUUUACAUUUGGGAGAGUCUUUUAUUCAGUGCACAGACUGAACACAUUUACAUGCUAUCAUUUGCUUUUCUUGGGAAUCAAACCCAAAUAAUUCCUAGUGCAAAUCUCAGAUAUUCAUUCAUUCAUUUUGUUUGCGGCUUAGUCCCUUUAUUAAUCAGGAGUCGCCACAGCGGAAUGAACCACCAACUUAUCCAGCAUCUGUUUUACGCAGCUGAUGCUCUUCCAGCCACAA